AACUGGAAGGGGAGGAGGAGAAAAAAAAAAGUUUUUUUUUUUUGACAGAGAGAUAAGAGACAGAGAGUGAUGGAAACAGCUGGGUUUCUUCGACGAAACAAGAACCUCUGGGUUUCUACAUAAACCGCCUUUUUCUUUCUCUAUCCCUUUGAUUCUCGCCGUCGUUCUCGUGCAGUUUCAGUCAAAGUUUCGGUUUUUCUCUUCUGGGUUCUUCUCAAUUGGGGCUCUGGAACUGUGGAUUCGUAGAAAAUGGAGAAGCGUUGGGAAUCGACGGACCAAGUGGUGGAGGAAAUCAUGAGGAUUCACAGAUCCUUGCCUCCAAGGCCUGGGAUCGACGAGGUUGAAGCUGCGAGGGAUCUGAUACAGAACGUCGACAAGGAGGACCAGGCGCGGUUGGAAGCCAUUGCUAAGCUGACGAAGAGCUCCGAGGUUCCUGAGGAGCUUUUCAUGGUGUUGCAGGAGAUGAAGAAGGCCUUUGUUUACUUCCAGAGCAAAGAACAGAAGAUGGAGGCUCUGAAGCUUCUCGAUCUGGAAUCCAUCCACACUCUAUUCGACGAUUUGAUUCAGAGAGCUUCGUCUUGCGUUUCUUCUCCGCCUUCGUCCAACGGUUCUGCCCCUGCUCCUGCUCCUGCUCGGCCUCCUCCGGUGACUCCGUCUCCAGCGCCGGCGUUUUCCUCUGGUUCUCCGACAAGCCUGAAUUUUUCCGAGAAGGGGCCUGUCAAAUCCAAGGAACUGUUCACACGCGACGAUAGCUACGUUGCCAAGGCCAAAUCCUCGAUUUACGGCGAUGGUAUUGUUACUUCUCGCCAACCCCGGAUUCUGGAUUCAACGCUUCAGCCGGGAAUCGCCUCCGGCCAAGAUGGGGAUAAGCUGAGUUUGAUAAAACUUGCUAGUUUGAUCGAGGCAUCCGCGAAGAAAGGCACUCAAGAUCUAAAUCUGCAGAAUAAACUGAUGGAUCAAGUUGAGUGGCUUCCAGAUUCUAUAGGCAAGUUAUCGGGUCUGGUUACGUUAGAUUUGUCUGAAAACCGCAUAUUGGUAUUGCCGAAUACAAUUGGAGGCCUUUCGUCCUUGACAAAGCUGGAUUUGCAUUCUAACAGAAUUUCUCAGCUCCCAGAUUCAAUAGGAAAUCUGUUAAAUUUGGUCCAUCUGAAUCUUAGUGGAAACCACUUAUCAUCUCUGCCAUCAGUAUUGAGCAGAUUGGUUCGUCUAGAGGAGCUUGAUUUGAGCUCCAACAGCCUCUCUGUUCUCCCUGAAUCUAUCGGUUCUCUCGUGAACCUGAAGAAACUCGACAUUGAAACUAAUGAUAUCGAGGAGAUACCUCACACUAUUGGCGAGUGUUCUUCACUGAAAGAACUCCGUGCUGAUUAUAACAAGCUCAAGGCCCUUCCGGAAGCUGUCGGGAAGAUAACUACCUUAGAGGUUCUGUCUGUGCGUUACAACAACGUCCGGCAGUUACCCACGACAAUGUCGUCUUUGGCCAACCUUAAAGAGCUCGAUGUGAGUUUCAACGAGCUCGAGUCAGUUCCAGAGAGCUUGUGCUUUGCCACGACCCUUGUCAAGUUGAACAUCGGUAACAAUUUUGCCGAUAUGAGGUCUCUCCCGAGAUCAAUCGGUAACCUUGAGAAUCUUGAAGUGUUAGAUAUCAGCAAUAACCAGAUCCGGUUCCUCCCAGAUUCCUUCAGAAUGCUUACAAGAUUACGUGUGCUUCGUGCUGAGGAGAAUCCUCUAGAAGUGCCUCCGAGGGAUAUAGCUGAAAAAGGGGCUCAGGCUGUUGUCCAGUAUAUGACUGAUCUCGUCGAGAAGAGAAACACGAAGACUCAAACAGUGAAGCAGAAAAAGAGCUGGGUUCAGAUGUGCUUCUUCUCCAAAUCCAACAAGAGGAAACGGAACGGCAUGGAGUUCGUUUAAGCCGAAUCACGGAACUGCUAACAAAGUGAUCUGUCCAUAUCAGGUAAUUCAGUUAUGGCCAUUGGGACAAGAAUAACCUGGUCAUUACACGACAAUGUAUACCAUCAUUCCACCAGUCAUUUGAUCUCCAAGAACUGUGCAUGCCCAUUAUUCUUUCUUUCUUUCUUCAUUUACCUGUACCAUUCUUCUUGCAGGGUUCUCUCUCUCUCCCUCUCUCUCUCUCCCUCUCUAUCUAUACAUAUACUCGUUUUCUUUGUUCGUUUUCGUUUAGGACUGAGGAUGGACCUUGGCAGCGCCCGGUGAACCAACUGCUGCCUCACCCUCCUUGUAAAAUCCGAGGAUUUUCAGUAACCCUCCUGUCUGUUUAUUGUCUCUGCAACUGCAUUUGCUUAAAACCCCACUGUGAGAGAGGUGAAUAAGAUGAGAGUAAUACAUAUACAUACACAUAUACAUGUUUAUGUACAUAUGUGUGUAUGUGUGUGUGUAUGUUUCUGUGGAUAGGAAUUGUGAUCUUGAGAUGAAUUGUUGUUGAGGAGAGGCAUGAGUUGGCCAUCAUCAAGCCCAUGAACAUGUUGUUGUCUUGUCUAUCUGUUAUGCCAAUGUUUGGUCCCAUUUGUUAAUUAAUACCUUUUAUAUA